UCUGUUUAUUAAAGUCUUUGAAGAGUUUGUCUUAACAUUUGUUUCAAACAAUUUAUGACUAAAUGUUUGAUUAAUAAAAAAACAUUUAAUUAUUGGUUUUAUUGACUUUUAUUUAUAACUUUAUAAUAAUAAUCAAAACAACAGUCAAUGUGUUAUCAGUUGUGACAGUGAUUGUCAAUACAAUAGCAUAACAACAGCUGAUAUAUAUAUUUGUGGCACAAAUUGAAGUUAUCAUUUGAUCCAAAGUUAUCAUCAAAGUUCUCUGUGUGCACCACUUUCUGGCCAUCAGUCAUAUGACAAAAAUGAGAGAAAUGUCCUUAAAGUCAUCGAUAGUUAAUUUAAUUGAAGUCUAUUUAAUAACCACUUUAUUAAUGAGUUUACAAACGAUAGCACAAUAUCAACAACAAUAUGGAAUACCUCAACAACAGGGAGGACAACAGCCAAUCCACUCCUAUCAAUCCGGACAACAGGUGCCGGUUCAGGUACAACAAGGUGUACCACAACAACAACAACACCAACAUCAACAACAACAUUACCAACAAGUGCCACAACAAGUGGCUCAAUAUCAACAGAUGCCACAACAGGGAUCUAAUGUAUUGCAUGACAGCCAACGUAUUCAUGAUAAACAACAUCUGAAAGAGCACUUACACGGAGCCCUUGGAUCAGAAGAGUUGAGCAAAAUGUCCGAAGAAGAGCUUCAGUUUCACUAUUUUAAAAUGCAUGACAACGACAACAACAAUAAGUUGGACGGAAGUGAACUCAUCAAAUCACUGAUCCAUUGGCACGUUGAAGAAAGCAAACACUUGGGCGCCAACGCACCCGCUUCGGGAACUACUAAAAUAUUUACAGACAAAGAGUUGGAAGAAAUGAUUGAUCCUAUACUCGAAAUGGACGAUAAAAAUCGGGACGGAUAUAUUGAUUACCCCGAGUUUGUGGCCGCACAAAAGGCUCGAGGAUUUUAAAUUUUUUAUUGGAUUUAUCGGACAAUUGCCAGUUGUGUUACAC